ACAACAACAACAACAACAACAACAUUACGCGUCAUCCCUUCACCCACAAUCCCAAUCCGUGCAAAGAAGAAAAGCUGCGCGCGUCGGCCGAACCACUCGACACGGCGCGCCAGUAGCCAAAAUGAGCAACAGCCACCAAAACCGCUCAUCCAAUGUCAAAUCCGAGCAGUUUGACGACGACGGCUCCACCGACAACCACCACCACCCCUCUGCAAAGUGGAACAAUGACCCAGGUCACGCACACGCCCAACACCAGCAGCAACAACAACAUCACGAUGUCGCAUUCAAAGACACCCUGACCGACAAGGAUGGCGCAGCCGGCCCAGUCAAGGCUGCAUGCUUGAGCUGCAGGCAGAAGAAGGCAAAGUGCGAUGGGACAAAGCCCAUCUGCGGCCAGUGCGGUCGCAAGAACCUAGAAUGCAUCUACAUCAAGUCGAAACGGGGUGGGGCCCGCAAGAAACGUACAGGUGCAGCUCCCUCGGCGCUCCAAGAGUUUCUCAAAAAGCUCGAUGGCCUGCUCGCAGUGCCUCACUUUGACCUGCAUCAUGCAGAGCCCCAGGACGGUGACGACCCGACAAACAUUGUCCGGUCAUUCGCGUCGCGCGAAGAAGUCAUGAAAUGCUAUUACAACGAGGUUCACCCUUACCUUUCGGUAAUGCCGCCACGCCACUAUCUCGUUGAUGUGUUGCCCGAGUUGCUGCACGAAUCCCCGUUCCUGUUGGCAACGCAGACGGUCCUUACCCUCAUUCCCCAUCAACUCGACCCUAACCCCAGAUCUGCUCGCUCGAAACGCCUCCGGUCGGCUGCAUCAGCCCAGCUCGGCAAGCAAGCCGCUGAGGCGGUGGAGCGCACCCUUGCUCGCGGCCAAUCGCUCGAGGUCGUGCAGGCGCUCUGCAUUCUUGCAGUGUGGGAAUGGGGCAGCACCAACGACGCCACAGCGGCCAUGAGGCGUGCCUCGCAGGCUGUCCAAGUAGCCAUGGACAUGGGCAUUCACGAUAUGGACCGCGACGGCACAGGCUUCGCGCUCGAAGGUAUCGACUGGCACAAGGACGCGAUGCGCCGCACGUGGUGGAUUCUCUACGUCUACCAGCUCACAAUUGCACUCGUGUCAGGCCUUCCCCCGCCAGUUGGCCCCGAUGACAAGCGCGUUCGUGUCGACUUUCCCAUCUGUUCGGAUAAAGAUCGGACGUGGUCGACCUGGGUCAACUGCAUUCGCCAAUGCUCGCGAGUGUGUGCAAUUGUCAACGAACUUAUUUAUGCGCCAAGCCAGACCGAGCCCGCCACGCAUACGUGGGGGACCCUGCCCGCCGACGCCCUUUCGGCUCAGCAGGCCGCAGACAAGCGCCGCCAGAUGAUUCAGUUCGACAAGGAAAUCAUGGAGCUCAUGAAGCAGACCGAGAGGAUGAGCAUUGUCGAGCAGGUCCCCGGUGGUGAAGAGGAAGUGGUCAAGAACCAGCAGAUUGGCACCCGCUUUGGACUCGCCGUCACCCAUAUCCACAUUCACCGCCACCAGGCCUUCCCCGAGGUCUCGCUUUACUCGAAGCGUAUAUGUGGUUUCCCCGCUUCGGGGGCCACGGAUAUUGAUGAUAGCUCUGAGGCUGGAUCGUCAAUCCACCGCAAGGACAGUGGCGACAGUGCCGUGUCCUUUGACGACUAUGGUACGACGCAACCUACCGAGUACCACCCGCAACUCCAGCAGCCCUCGGCCCAGGGGUACAACUACGCCAGUGGUUACCAGAACCAGCAGCACCAUGCCCCUCAGCCGGUGGCGCACCAACAGGGAGCGGCCUCGCAAUCCCCCAUGAUGGCGUUCGGGUCCGCGUACUACCAGGAAGCCGUACUCCGUGUUGACCAGAUGAUGGCCAACUUCAACAACCCAGUUCGCGCUCAGCAGCACCAGCAGCAACAGCAACAGCAACAGCAGAUGGCGGCCCAACCACCGCAUCACUCGUACAGCACAGACUCGGCACCCCACACCUUCAACAGCUACCAGAUUGCGCCCGAGCCUCAUCAGCAGCAUCUGUCAUCGGGCCAACUCCAAUACAGUGCCCCGCCACAACAGCCCGUGUACGCAUCCCAGCAGCAGCAGUUCGCCUCCCCGCCUCAGCAGCAGUACAGCGGCUCACUACCGACCGCUCCUCUGUCACCCGACGCGUACAUGUCUCAGUCCUUUGGCGGCCAAACGACGUACGAGCCCCAGUCGUACACCUCCGGACCCGAGUACCAGCAGACCAACACCUUCACGUCGCCACCGCAGACGACGGUGGUCCACCCCGAGUACGCCCAGUGGCAACAUCAGCAACAGCACCCCCAAAGUGGCAUCACCCAGGACAUGUGGCACCCAGAGACAUACCCCGAGUAUCUCCCGCCUCCCUGGUUCGCGAAGCCCAACGGCGCCGCCGAGUUGUUCAUCCCUCCGCUUGACGAGCCCCGCCACGUCCCUGCGAUCCAAAUCCCACCGGUAAUCGAGGCUUACCAGGUGCCACCGCCUUCGGUGGCGCCGCAGCUGUCAGUGUCACCAACCCUCGACAUGACAAACUACAGCAGUGGCGCGAGCAGCCGUGCUGCGACCGUUCCUGCCCCCUCCGCUCCAGUCAAACACCGCACUUGGGGGAUCGACGAGAACGACGAGUUUGUCCCCACCGAGGACGUCAAGGCUGCCGAACUCGUCGAGACCUUCCCUCCUGGUAUCAGUCUUGCUCGCUGCGCAACUGCGGCAAACGCCAUUGUGCGUUUGGAAAUUGUCCACCGGAGUGCUGCCCUUGCGUUGGAUGGAACGCCCAAGUGGAUUCCUUUCUGCGCCUGCGGCCUCGUCUCUGGCGCCUACUCCUUCCUCCUGCUUGUGCUCGCCGUGCAAGCCGAAAACACCUUUGGCGAGUACUCUGAAGCCCGCAGCGAGGAAGUCGAGGCCCUCCUCACCAACGUAAAAAUUAUCCUGGCCGGCCUCGAAGCCUACGGCAUCAUGUGGGAAGGAAUCGACAUGAUGGCUCGCGAGGUCCGCGCCGCCGUCGAGGCGGCGACUCGCCUGCCCACCGAGGUGCAGAGCGCGCGCUCAUCAAGCAACCCUGCAUCAGGCGGUGCCAUCUCCAACGUACCCCACGGGUAUGAUCAAUGACUCGCGGUCCACAGACGAGUCAGCAGACUGGCCAGUAUGGUCACUGCGUAAGGGAACACUUGUCUGUGGGUGUGUGAGAGGAGGGCCCAUCACGCCGGUCGGAGGCCGGAAGCCGACCGUCCGGCACUUGACUCGGGUAUCGCGGCGCCCGAGAACGACCUGCUGCGAUGUAGAGCAGUGUCGUGGGGCGAUGUGACGCCGAUCGCGUCAUCAUCGCCGCCGUGAGUGACUUAACGAACGAAUCCGAGUUGCGCAGUAGUGUGCCUCGGUUAGAUUGGGCAUUUUUUGGAUUUUUCUUUUAAGUUAUUUGUGUCGUAUCGGAGAAUAGUUCCGAGGGAAUUUUCGUGAGCUAGAAGGUGUUGUAUAUGCUCAAUGUCAUGACGAUUGUGGAGCAGG